AUGUUCAGGUCGGUGUUCAAAUCUGGCCUACGGGCUUCAUAUAACGUUCUGGAGAACCCUACUUUGACAUCCGAACCUUGGCAAAUAUACCCUGCCAAACACAAGCUGCUGGGACGUCAAGCACUGGUGUUCAUUUUCGACAAGACAAAAUUUGAGGCUAAUGUAAGUCGAAUCAACGGCCAACAAUCGCCUCGUCAAAUCAUCAGUGAGUGUUAUGAGCUAAUCCGAAACUCAAUCAACGAACUUCUGAAGCUACGUCAUCCUCAAGUGUUAACGGUGCUCGAACCACUCGAGGAAACUAAGACCAAGUUUUUAUUUGCCGCUGAACCCGUCACCGAUACCCUCGCAACUUUAAACCUUGAUAACAUCGAUGAGCUUACUAUUCAACAAGGUUUGCUUCAAAUUGCGAAGUGUUUGCAAUUUUUACACAACCACGGUAAUAUUAUCCACUUCAACUUACAACCGCUGUCCAUCUAUAUCAAUGCUGAUGGAGAUUGGAAAGUUGCAGGGUUCAUGUUUGUUAAAAAUCUUGGCGUGAUUCCUCCAGGUGAACGUGAAAAUUUUAGACUUAUGGACAAUUCCCUGCCCGUGCCUUUCGCUAACUUGAAUCUUCAGUUUGUCGCUCCUGAAUUAAUUUUCGAUAAUUCCAACGCUCAACUUGAUUUCACAAACGAUAUGUGGCUGUUGGCUUGCAUCAUCUUUUACUUGUUCAAUCAUGGCGAACAGUUAAUCGCUUGUUUCGAUUCAAGCAAUAUAAACGACUAUCGAAGUGCCUUUAAGAAAUUCGAGCAAAAGUUCUAUAAUCGCAGGCCAGAGGAUCUUGGCUUCGUGCUCAAGGAUGUCCCCGCGGGGCUAUACCCUGUAUUCACAAGAUUGAUGGCUCGCUACCCCAUGGAUCGUUUGUCGGUUGACCAGUUUAUUGAUAGCGAUUACUUCAACGGCUCCAUCAUCAAAGCAAUGUGGUUCCUAGAUGAGUUCACCACGAAAACGUUGGAGGAAAAGCAAAUUUUCCUCAGGGCUUUAUUGGAUGACGAAUUACUUGAGCAAUUUCCGAAAAAGUUUAAGCAGACCAAGUUGUUACAUUUAGCUACUGAUCAAGUAGUCAGUGAACUCAAUGUGUUGACCGCGGGGCUAAUUGAUCCCGAUGUUGAUCAGUUGAUUCUGUAUUUAUUGCAAUUGAUAUUCAUCAUUGGCAAUCUGUUACUGGGAUUGACUUUUCAAGAUCGGGUUUACGCUGUAAUCUUCAAAGGUAAUGGGCUGAAAAAGAAAGAUUGCGUGUACAAAAAGCUCAUAAAUCUGCUGAUCAAAACUCGAUUGACCAUUGUUGAGAAUUAUGAUGUACUCAACUCGAAGCUAAAUGAUCGUGAAUUUUGUGAUAUUGUGCGGUCAAUGUUAGAUCUUGUUUUCUUGCCGCCCCUGGAUGAAGUGGCUCGCAAUCAAAAUGACCAAAUCAAACUACAAGAACUGUUCCUCAAAUCAAUUCCGACUUUUGCAUCCAAAUUUGAUUUCCCUUACAUCAAAAACACUUUAUUCCCGAUGUUGUGCACAGUAUUUAAGACUACGACAAUCCUCCUGACCAAGCUUGAAACUAUUAUAACAUUCGAGGCACUUGUGGAGCAGAAGAUCGUCGACAAAUUUAUUGUCGUUGAGCAAUUGUUGCCAAUUUUCAAAAACCUCAAAUCGCGUGAUAAGCGUGUGGUUAAGUUGGUGCUUGACUUUUUCAAUAAGCUCACGUUGAGUGAUCAUAUUGCCCUCGACUUGGAGAACCUGGUCGACCUUGUUCUACCUCAAUGUUUGUCAUUGGCCUUUGGUUGUAGUGACUGUACCAAGCAGGAAUUUACCCAUUUCAUGGCAACCAUCAGUGCUAUGCAGAAAAAGAUGACAGAGAAAAAACUUGCACUGCUUUCAGAAGGACGAACUCACGACAAUUUUGAUUCCUUCAUUUCCACUCAACAAAUCAGUUCCGGCAAAGACCUGUUGGAGCGUAACCCCAGAAGUGACACUCUCAAGCCUCAAAAACCGUCUGCACCGCUGCGUGGCUCGUCACUUCAAUCUCCACAACAAUCGCAGCCUACAUCAAAACCUCUUCAGCCUCAAGUUCAGGCAAAAGGUCUCCGACUUCAAUCUAAAGCUACCGCCGUAAAGACGCUGAACCUUUCUUUCGGAGCUACAAACCCAGCCGAGGCGGCAUCAACAAGUCGCAUGCUUGAUACGUUGCAUUCAAACAUGGAUAACCAAAGUAGCACUAUCAAUGGGUUCCAAAUUUCGACGCCAUCCCUGCCAGCGACGCCAACAUUGAACUGGUCCCUGGAAUCCAGUAAAUCGACUAACACGACCAAUAAUUACACCCCUAAUUUUGUGUCUGCUCAUUCCUCGCCAUUGUCACCGUCUAUGCAACCAAUGCAACCGUUGACUCCAAAAAGUCGAUCUACGUCAAAUUUUCCCCCGGGUUUCCAGGCUAACUUGUCACCCAUGGUAGCUGAAAGAUCGACGCAAAACAAGCCUGUGUAUCAAUCUGAUAGUCUUAUUUGA